GGAAGACCUGGCGGCAAUGGAGGCAUGAGGCCAAGGGUUGCGGUGGCGAGUGGCCUGCACAUGUGCACAGCUACGGUGAAGCAGUGGUCGAACUCAUGGAGCUGAUCACUUGCAGCGAGCAGCGGGGUGAUCUGGCCAGUGUGUGGGGCCUGCCGGGUGAGGUAGGGACGCACGAGGCGGACGCGGCGGACAAGGCUAAGUUGGGCGACGUGCCAGCAUGGCGAGCCAAGCGUGUUUCUGAGCUGCAGGGCAAAGUGGUCCGCAUCCUUGACGACAGCGACGAGGAGCCGCCGCAGAAGCGGCUUCGGGAGGCGCCACGCACUCCGCCACGGCGCGUGGCGACGUCUCAGCCCACGCCAGAGUUUGUGCGGCUCCAGCGUGGCACAACCAUGGAGUUGUCGCCUUCGUUCUACGAGGAGUUGCACGCUGUGCGCGCAGAAGCGGAGGCCGAAGCGGUGGAGGCUAUGGCGACCAGUGCGCGUGGCGCGGAGCUGGCGGAAGCUACGGGAGUGGCUGUGGUGGAGAUGGUGGAGAAGGAGGCAGCAGCUGCGGAAGUGGCUGUGGCGGAGAAGGCGGAGCUGGCGGAAGCUACGGGAGUAACUGCGGUGGCGGAGAAGGCGAAGCUGGCAGCAGCUACGGAAGUGGCUGUGGCGGAGAUGGCGGAGAAGGCGAAGCUGGCAGCAGCUGCGGAAGUGGCUGUGGCGGAGAGGGCGGAGCUGGCAGCAGCUACGGAAGUGGCUGUGGCGGAGAUGGCGGAGAAGGCGAAGCUGGCAGCAGCCACAGAAGUGGCGGAGCUGGCGGAGAAGGUGAAGCUGGCAGCAGCUACAGAAGUGGCUGUGGCGGAGAUGGCGGAGAAGGCGAAGCCGGCAGCAGAUACGGAAGCUGUGGCGGAGAUGGCGGAGACGGAUCUGGCAGCAGCUUUAGAAAUGGCUGCGGCGGAGAGGUCGGAGCUGGCGGAAGCUAUGGGAGUGGCUGUGGCGGCGGAGAAGGAUCUGGCACCAGCUACGGAAGUGGCUGUAACGGAGAGCUUGCUGGCUGCGGCAGCGGCGGACGACCGUGCGACUCAGGCGCUUGGGGCGCGACCAGGAGGAUCCCGGACCAACACCAUUGCGUACACGAAGGAACCAGUGUUUCUGGCCGAAGUUGCCAACAAAGUUUGCGCGGAUUUGCUUGCGCCCAGUGAGCUCGAUGCAGCCAGCAGCAGCAAGGCGCUUGCAGAAACAACGCUUUCCAAAGCGCAAACGCAGCUAAAAAAGCGCUUGGGUCCUAAGGCAGCCAAGAAGUCCAAAGCGAAGACCGCAGCGCAGCCCAAAGCGAAGCCCAAAGCGAAGCCCAAAGCAAUGCCGACGCCGUACGUGAUGAAGAGGCACAAGCGAAAGCAUUUCACUGCUUUCGCGAUCAAUCUGGACAAGCAGAUCAUGCAGGCGCAAAGCAACCAGAUCAACAACGCUGAAGCCCUCGUUGCAGAUCUUACUGCGAAGCUGAACAAUGAGGCGAUCGCUGUGCAGGAGGCAAUUUCCGAGCUCACAGCCGCCAAAGCGCGCGGGGGCUGAUCGUGGGAUUACUGUGAGGUGCAACAC